GAUGAGAGCUCUUCCUAUACAAUCGUAGAGAGUGGCCCUACUUGCAGCAGAGAGAGCAGUCGCUCUGGAGUAAAAAACACUCUUUGUCUCAUAUGUUCAGUUUCUUCUCUUCACCAUUAAAAGAUCUUGAGCCGAACAACAUGAAAGCGGAGGACCAAAAGAAAUCCACAUCUCUAGGGAAGAACAUCGUAUGUCAUCUGCAAUGCAUGCUCUUCCACAAAAACAUCCCUGAAAAAGCAAACCCAGAAGAAACACAACUGUGGUCUCAAUCACUGGACAAGCUCCUUGAGUCAAAAUAUGGAAUGGCAACAUUUCAUGCAUUCCUAAAGUCAGAAUUCAGUGAUGAGAACAUUGAGUUUUGGCUGACAUGUGAAGACUACAAGAAGAUCAAGUCUUCCUUCAAAAUGAACUCCAAGGCAAAGAAAAUAUAUGAGCAGUACAUCCAGGCUGAAGCCCCAAAAGAGAUAAACAUUGACCAUCAGACCAGAGAGCUAAUCAAACGGAAUGUGAAGUCACCAACAACUUUCUGCUUUGAUGAAGCUCAAAAGAUUGUGUAUGGACUGAUGGAGAGAGACUCCUAUCCCAGGUUCCUUAGAUCAGAUGUCUACAAAACUUUGCUGGAAUCUGCUAAUGAAUCUGUCAAGGGCUGAGAUGUUGGGACUCUGUGGAGGACUUGAACUUGGAUAGAUGGAAUGGCUCCGAUGAAAGGGCUAUGGAAUGCAAUCCAAGUGCGGAGAUAAUGGAGAAGUGGUAAACCCUCAGGUCACAUGGAGUAACACAAGAUGGGCUUCUUCGAGAGGCAUAUGCAGACCAGAAGAUGGCCACACCACCAUAGGAAUUACGAAGCCAGUGGAUGAUCCGUUUUCACAAUGUAAUUAAUGAGGUGUUUAGAGCUGCACGUAACUGUGGUUCCACAAAACAUUCCCCUGUCAAUGACAACAUAUGCCAGAUUACAAGAAGAAUGAAAUAUACAAUAUGUGCCUGAUGACAAAGAUUAAUAUGCCUCCUGGGGGGGUUCCCUGAAGCCAUUUUCACAACCACUUUCUUGAAAGACAGAUCUGAUGUUACGGAUAAAGCCAUGGAUGGGAUAUUACAAUGACUUGUUUUCUAAUUAUCCAUGAGCCAUCAGUGCUCUUUUACAAUGAAUGUAUUUGCAAUGAAUGUAGAGCUGAGUGAAGAUGAAAACUGUUUAGUAAUCUUGUUGAGCACCAAUCUUUCUGAGAUGAGCCCUUCUCUCUGAAUUCAUUCAUUUAUAAUCAUUGUAAUGUCAAUGCGCAACAUCCACCUGAUAAAAUCAAGCAAAAAUAACAGCAGGAGAAAGAGUGAUAAGAAAAUGGAGCAAUGCUUUUUGCAGAACUUGUACAAAUUUGUAUUUUGAUGUAAAAUAACUAUUUUGUACGACUGUAUUUAUUUCUCAGCACUCUGGAUGCUAGACAUGAACCUUAAUAUGUAAUGUUAAAUAAUAAAAAUAACUGAAUUAUUCUAAUAUCUAUGAAUAUUGCUUACUGAAGACAAUCCAAUACCAGUUCGGUUACACGGAUGUGUAAAAUGAAUGAGCAGGAAUAAUUUGUUAGCCACAAACAAUCUGUG